AUGAGCGUACACUCGCUUGAUUAUGCGCAGCACGGUGCUCCACGAUCCGAUGUCGAUGUUGAGGCGGGUCGCCCGUCAGUCAGCUCCCAAGUCUCUCCGACAGGAAGAGAAAGAGAGGAAACUUCGUUUCCCGCUUUCACCACAGCAGCAGCACGAGUGAACUCCACCGAGACAACAAAACGCCGAGCCAGACGCAAUACUGCCCGCUCAUACCACCCCGAGGGGUUCGCACAAGAUCCCAAUUGGCAGCCAGGAACCGAACCCGGCAUUGACCCAACCAAGCCGCUACCGCCGUACACGUCAGAAUGGGCGUCCAACAUACCCGCGGACCUACACCGACGCUGCCAGAUUACAGUGGUGGAUUUCUCACAACAUGGAAUGCGACAGUACGAGCUGGACAAUGACACACUGGAGCAAUUCUUGGAGCGUGAGAGAGAGCCAUGGGUGCAAUGCCGGUGGAUCAAUGUCAAUGGGUUGAGCUGGGAUGUGAUUAAGAUUCUUGGAAAUCAUAAGAGAUUGCAUCGGCUCGCAAUUGAGGAUGUUGUCCAUACCACUAACCGCACGAAAGCGGAUUGGUACUCAGACCAUGCCUUCGUCGUACUGACAUUACAAAAGUUGAUGAAGAUACAAGAAGAAGACUCCUCUGAUCCGGAAGGUGAGGAGCAAAAUUCGAUCAGUCGAUGGAAGUCAAGGGACCGGAAAAGCUCUGUGGUCAGCGACAAGAGCUCGAUUUCGUUGAAGCGGCCCACGAAGUGGAAUGUUAUCAUGGCGGCAUUGAAGGACAUUUUCCGAUUCAGAACCUCCACGAGACGUGAAUACAAGGAUAAGGCGACUUAUGGAUCGAGCGUUCGUCCUGGCCCUGGACAAACUUCAAAACAGAACUCCCAUUUUGGAAAUGUUGGGACCGCCACAGAAACGACUGCCAGGAGUCUUCAGCGAUAUCGCGGUGGUCCCAAUGAGGAUCGAAUUGAGUUUAUGGAACGCCAUGCUGUACUUUCUGCCAAAGGACUAUGUGUCACUUUAGAACAAGUCUCGAUCUUCUUACAUGCCGAUAAUACGGUUACGUCCCUUUUCGAAACGAGCGCGGAUGACAUCGAGGCGCCAAUUGUCAGGCGCCUCACGUCGCCUGAAACUAUUCUUCGACAGUCAUGCGAUGCCAGUAUGCUUUUGCAGGCCAUUCUCGAUGCCGUGAUUGAUCUUGCUAUUCCAGUCACGAUGGCAUAUCAAGAUGCUAUCGGAGACCUCGAGCUGGAGGUCCUGACUGAUCCAGACAUUGAACAGUCAAAGUCUUUGUAUAUUUUGACGUCUGAGAUUGCUGUUCUGCGGAACUCCAUGCAGCCUAUGGUCGCUGUGAUUAAUGCUCUUCGUGACCACCGGUCUGAACCUGUCGGCACACCAGGCUUUGGUGUUUUGCGGAAUCCGCUUAGCCCAUGUGUGACUCCUGCGGAACCUAUUGAUCCUCGCCCGCAUGUCGGCACUGUAACGCCAAAUCUGAAGAGUAUUGGAGGCACAACUGUUACGAUCAGCUCUAUGUGCCAUACAUAUUUGGGCGAUGCCCUAGAUCAUUGCAUUACCAUUGUUGAAGGGUACGAUCAGAUGCGGCGCAACGCUGAUAACAUGAUUGACCUCAUUUUCAAUACCAUUGGUGCUUACCAGAACGAAAGUAUGAAGCAGCUUACUCUUGUGACUUGUCUUUAUCUUCCUAUGACGUUCUUAACAGGUUAUUUCGGAAUGAACUUCACACGUUUCGGGGCAAUCGAAAACAAUGAAGGAUAUUUCUGGAAGAUUGCAGUACCAUUUGUCUGCGCUACGAUUUUCCUCCUAAUGCGAGAUAAAAUCCAACGCUACGCUGUCAUGCUCGCUCAGCGACGCUUGAUUGUCAGCUCAAGGAAGCAGAGAAGAGAGAGGAAAAAGAAAUAG